AUGGACCAACAUCAGAGAACCGAAGCGAUUCAUCUCCUCGACCUCAAAUAUCACGGCGCAAUGCAUCAGACGGAUCUCAUAGUCAAGGACGAAGAGGCGCGACGGCUCAAGCUACGCGUCAUCGUCCUCCGAGACGAGGUCGCCGUCCUACGCGACCAAUUGGCAGAAAAAGACGACCGGAUGAGCAACUUGUCACAGCAGUACGAUGAUAUACGCGCCCAACUCGAUCACAUGAACCAGACCUGCCAAGACCAAGCAGACCAGCUGCGCACACAAGCACGACAGCACUCGGACCUCAAGUCUGAGCUGCAAUCAUUAAACAAUAUGUCGGACGAUUCCACCAAGACCCUCGCAGAGAAGCUGGCCCUCUCUCGCGAAUUGGCUGUGCUGAAGCCCGAGAUCGAUCACCUGCGCUCGCAGGUCUCUCAUCAGAAAGAUGUCCUUGCCGAGAAGCUCGCUCUCGAACGGCAACUGAAUUCUCUCGAGACCGAGCUGGCCAACGAGAGGCGCGCAGCAGAGAAGGCAAUCCAGCGUCGAGAGAGCGAGGAAAAUCAGGCCAGCCAAGAGCUCCAACAACGUGUCACGGACCUCGAAAAGCAGCUGACGGCCGAGAAGAAGGCCUCGCAGAAGUCCAAGAAAGCCCAGGAGAAGGGACAGACCGACUCAGAAGACGGAUUGCGACAGCAGAUCGUUGACCUGGAGGAGAAGCUUGCCGCCGAGCGGAAAGCCUCGGAGACCGCAAGAAAGACCCACCAGAAGGUGCAGAGUGAUACGGAAGCGGAGUUGCGGCAGCAAGUCGCGGACCUGGAGAAGAAGCUGGCUGAUGAAAAGCGUGCUGCUCAGAAGGCAAAACGCUCGCAAGACAGUGAUGAGAAAGGACCCCAAACUGAACUGCAGCAAAAGGUCCAGGAACUGGAGGAGAAGCUUGUCUCCGAAGCGCGCGAGGCCGAGCGGGCUCGCAAGUCCAGCGAGAAGGAAGUUGCUACGGCCAAUGAGCAGGUGGAAAUGCUCACACAACGUGUUGAGGAGUUCAAGAAUAAGUUGAAGGAGACUCGUGCCGAGCUCAAGGGAGCCCGUGCUGAGCUUGCGCAGGCCCAGACUGCCGCGGUCAGGACCACCACGACCACUGUGCCACUCAAAGAUGAGGAGGCCAAGAAGCCGCUCAGCAAGACCAAGCCUGGAAAGAAGCGUGGCGCCAAUGAGAUCAGUGUUGAUGACAUGAUGAUGGAUACGCCCGGACACGUCGAGGGAAGGGGCAAGCGCCCUCUUAAGAAGAGAGGCGUCGACUUUACAUCGGUUGGCGAGAAGUCCACUUUCUCCAUCACGCCUUUCUUGGAGAAGUCGAAUACCAUCAACUUGGCGGAGACUAUUGAGGAGGAGGAUGAAGAACCAUCCAUUCUCAUGGGCAAGGGUGAUCCAGGAGCACCGAUUAUUGAACCAGAGGCGGAGACGACUGAGGAUCUUCCUGCUAUGAAUGUCGAAAACCCGACAAAAUCAGUGGCCAAGGCUCUCAAGGCAACGAAGUCCAAGGUCGCAGACCCAGCUCAGAAGAAGGCCCGCGGAAGACCAAAAGCGCAAGCUUUAACAGAGUCAUCUCCCAACACGAAUGUGCCCUCUGCCAACAACUCUCGAAGGUCGCCCCGGAGCAAAUCGUCUCCACUGGAGAAGGUGGCCGAGGAGCCCGAGGAGCAACCCAGCAAUGAGAACACGUCUUCUGGGACCACCAUGGCCACCACAAAGUCUGGAGAGUCGAAGGUCAAACCAGCAUCCAACCCCACCGCCAGCAGCGCUGCAGACACUAGUAAUGCCAGCUCAGAAAACCCGGAGCCCAGGAAAAAGAAGCGCAAGCUGCUGGGUACUACCAACAAGGGCACGCUGUUCGACAAGGACGAGGACGCUGGCGAGACCGAGGCGGCAGCAGCAGCUCCGAAGGCAGCCCCAACGGCAGCUGGUGGCAAACGGAAACCCAUUGGUCUGAAGGCUUCGACACAGAAGGGCCCGGUUUCUGCUCUUGCUAAGAAUGCUUUUGGUGGGAAGGCCUUCUCACCGUUGAAGCGGGACCGAAGAGCGCUGGGUGCGGUGUCAUGCCGUCGGGUGGCCCUCAGUGAGCGGCUCAUCUCACGGGUCUUGAGCCAGCUCACACUGGCGGCAACGACACCCGCGAGCAAGCCUCCCCUUGCAAGCCCUCAGGUGUGCCAGAGCUGUCAGCUCAAACCACUGGAGUCACGGCGUAAUGCGUCAUCAAGUUCUCAAUGGAAGUCCCGGCAGAGCAAAGACCGCUAUGCCCGCCAGGCUAAGGUGCAGGGCUUGAAGAGCAGGGCCGCGUGGAAGCUGAUCGAGAUGAAUGACAGAUAUGGCCUCUUCCGCCGGAACCAAACCGUCGUGGACCUAGGCUACGCGCCUGGAUCGUGGUCGCAGGUCGCCAAGGACGCCACCGGCCCGAACGGCGUUGUCGUUGGGAUCGACCUCAUCCCAGCGCAACCACCCAAAGGCGUGACGAGUAUACAGGGUGACUUUCUCAGCCCGCGUGUGCGGGCUCUGGUCAAAGAUGUCCUCGUAGAGCAGACCAGGAGGAAGGCAAGGGAGAGGAAGGAGCGGCAAGAGGCAGACACCGCCAUGACAUCUUCAUCUUCGGACCGAGAAGUUGUUGAGGGUGAGAGCAAAGAGGGAAGCGUCGUGACGGAUCAGCCCAGCUACAUCGACCAGGAGAAGCAGGCCACCCAGGAUAUCGAAGCGGCGACUGGGGCGGAGGAAGAAGCCGAGCGGAUGGUGGAUGUGGUAAUCAGCGACAUGUCAGAACCCUGGCCCCAGACGAGCGGCUUCUCGAGCAGGACGCUAAGCAACCCUCACAGGUUGAUGAACACGAGCGGUAUCAACUUUAAGGACCACGCCGGUAGCAUGGACCUUUGCUAUGCAGCACUGACUUUCGCCUCGGACACGCUCAAAGCAGGUGGCCAUUUCGUCUGCAAAUUCUACCAAGGGGCGGAGGACAAGCGACUUCAGAAGCUUCUAGAGAAGAUGUUCUCCAAGGUACACCGGGAGAAACCCGAAUCAUCGAGGAGUGUAUGUGCUUUUGAUUCGACCCUAAGCGCUCUUUCCAUCCUUAUAUCCUCCUCACCUCCCCACCAGGGCUAUGGUCUUCACUCGGGAGUCUGCCCCUGA